CAGAACCACAAAACCCUCACUUGAAAUUUCUAGAUAAUCAUAUUAUCCUUGAGCCUUUUUUUAAAAUACUAUUAAUGUUCUAUCAAAAAACUUUUCUUACCUACUACCAAUGAAAAGCCUCCUGCCACUCUGUAUUUAGCAAUCACUGGUAUUAAUUAGUUGAACGAUAAAAAAAUAAUUUUUUCCCAUAGAAAAGUCUUAACCUGCCCCGCUGAAAAAGAUGCAGAUAAGCAUACAUUGAACUGUGUGACAUAGUGCCAAGAUGCUUAUAUAGGCCAAGCUGAACUCUUUCAGUGCUUCUCUGCGAGUCCAGGCAGCCAUGGACUUUUUUCUCUCAUCCCAAACAGGUUCUAUCACGGAAAUUUUCUGUUUUUCGGUCUUUCUAUACUGUUUGCUGUGGUUAUCAAUAAAUUUUGUAAGAACAGCAAGCAAGAAGAAAGGAGCACCAGAGGCUGGUGGAGCUUGGCCCGUGCUUGGUCAUCUACAUCUCCUAGGAGGGCCACGACCGCCUCAAAGAGUCCUCGCCGACAUGGCUGAUAAAUAUGGACUAAUCUUCACUGUCAAGAUGGGCGUUUAUCGAGCUUUAGUGGUGAGUAAUUGGGAGACUGCUAAAGAAUGUCUCACUACCCACGAUAAGGCCUUUGCCAGUCGUCCAAAAACCAUGGCCCUGGAGCUGUUAACUUACAAUUCUUCCAUGUUUGGCUUCAGCCCAUAUGGCCCCUAUUGGCGCCAGGUUCGCAAGAUUGUCACAGUGGAGCUUCUCUCAACCCACCAGCUUGAGAAACUCAGAAACGUACGAGAAUCUGAGGUGAAAAAUUCUUUGAAAGAGUUAUAUGACCUCUAUGUUGAGAAGAAGGUGUUGGUGGAUAUGAAAAGAUGGUUUGGAGAUACAGCCCUUAACGUGAUUUUGAGAAAUGUUGUGGGAAAGCGAUGCAGUUUGCGAGAGGAUAAAGAGAGCAAUAAAUGGAAAGAGGAAUUAGCCAAUUUUUUUGCGUUGACUGGGAAGUUUGUGGUGUCAGAUGCGUUGCCAUUUCUGAAGUGGCUGGAUAUAGGAGGAGACAAGAAGCCAAUGAAGAAGACGGCAAAAAAAUUAGACGUUAUUGUUCAAGAAUGGCUGGAAGAGCACAAGAGGAAGAAGAAAGGAGAUCAAGAAGAUUUCAUGGAUGUGAUGAUGUCCAUUCUGGAAGAUCCAGAUUUGUUUCCAGGUCGUGAUGCUGAUACUGUCAACAAAGCUACCUGCCUGUCCCUCGUAUUGGCGGCCGGAGACACCACAGCAGUUACGUUAACAUGGGCGCUCUCUUUACUUCUCAACAACCCCGACGUCCUAAACAAAGCCCGCGAUGAAUUAGACUUUCACAUUGGCAAAGAAAGACAAGUGAAGGAGUCAGACCUAAAAAAUUUACCUUACCUCCAGGCCAUCCUGAAGGAAACCAUGCGUCUAUACCCAGCUGGCCCACUCUCAGUUCCACAUGAAUCCAUGGAAGAUUGCACCGUUCUUGAUUACCAUGUGCCAGUAGGCACACGGCUCUUUUUCAAUCUUUGGAAGAUUCAUCGCGAUCCUCGUGUUUGGCCGGACCCAGAUACGUUUCAGCCGGAAAGAUUUCUUACGACCCACAAGGAAUUCGAUGUGAGGGGUCAGAAUUUUGAAUACAUGCCGUUCGGCAGCGGCAGAAGAAUGUGUCCUGGAGUGUCGUUUUCCCUUCCGGUUCUGCAACUUACACUUGCUUCUUUGCUGCAUGGGUUCGAAUUUGCAACGCCGUUUGAUGAAGCUGUUGACAUGGCUGAGGGGAUCGGAAUGACUUUUGUUAAAAUCGCUCCUCUUGAACUUCUUCUCACCUCACGGCUUUCUCCUUCUUUAUAUGUUUAAAUUCAGUGAUAAUUAAUGUCAAAUGUUGGAGAGGAGAGGUAACUUUAUAUAAGAGAAAGACUUUGUGUGAGAGAAUUAUUUGAGAGGAAAAGACUUAUAAUUUUUAUUCAUGCUUCAAAUAUAAAAUAAUUAGAGUAUUUAUAGGUA